AUGCUUAUCCGAAUCUUAAUUUGUGUUGUAGUUAUCAGUGCCACUGCUGAUGUAGAAAGCAACAUUGCCCCCGUGCCGCUUGAGUUGAAGCUUAUGUGCGCGGCAAAAUUUGAUUCCGACAUUUUGGGACUUUAUGUUGAAAACGUCACAGGCAGUGAUCACGUGAUCCACAUACAGUGCAGCGUAGACGGGAACAAGGGUGAUACACUGUCGUUCCGGACACUACAAGAACACUUUCAUCAGUUUCGGGGCAUCUCGAUAUUUCUGCAAAUCAGAUGUAGCAAUCGUGGGGAGAUCUCGUUGCCUUGGCCAAUGAAAGCCCAGGGACUUGUUGGGUUAGUCGUGUACAACUGUGGGAUGACCCAAAAAUAUGCAGAUUUUGGCAGUCUUGAACUGCUAACCAUGCCUGAUUUUCUCAGAGUUCUGGAGAUCCGAAAUUCGGCCUGGUUAAGUGAUGACACAGAUUUUUACAAAAUGAUAAACCCAGAAGGCUUGGCCAGCCUGACAUCAGACUACGAUUGUGGACAAGACAGUACCAUAGAGUACAUGGUCACCAGUAAUGUGUCCUACUUGUUCACCACGCCAUCAGACGGUAGGACCCUGGCGCCAGAUCUCCCGUCUGAUACAAGAGUGCAAGAUAACACUUAUGGCUCCAAUCAGACAUUCAACAUCUCGAACCAGACGAUGUACACUUCUUCUGAAAAUAAAUCCAGUGAGGACGAGUUUUUGAAUCUUCUACGAAGUCUGCAGUCUUUAAAACUGCAGUGCCACUUUAACAAGUUGAAACUGCUGGAUGAAAGUAUUCCCCACGUUCUGCCUAUUCACCAUUUUGCGUUGAUGGUGCUGGGCGCAACAUAUCCGGAACUCAAGGUCAUGAAUUACUCGUUCUCGGGAAUCAGACAACUCCCAGAAGAGCUACAAGACUUCAGAAAAUAUUUCCCCAAACUAGAGCUCUUAGACUUGUCGUGGAACUAUCUGACCGAAGUUGAAAUUGGGACACGUCCUAGAGGGGUAGAUGGACGUUUCUUGACGUUAGACGUGAGACACAAUCUCAUUUCUAACCUCUCUGUAGAGAACAUUAGCUCUUGGGCCAUGGCGGAUGGAGUUCUCGUCGAUAUCCGGGACAACCCAAUUUACUGUGGUUGUGGUAUGCAGCCCUUGCUGCAGAAGAUCCAGUCGGGCAUUUUGUUUGUGGGAAAGCUGGACAAAUACAGCUACAUUCAAGAGAUGAGAUGCGCCGAGCCUCUAGGGGUUAGAGGUUUGAGGUUGUCGGAAGUCACCUUGGCAUGUGGCAAGGACAAUGAGGUGUCAUCUCCGUCUCUGGACACAGAUAAAACAGUGAACAUUAUUAUUGUAUCCACUGUUGCAGCCGUGGUUGUCGUUGUCGCUGCUUUGUUAGUUGUAGUGAUUGUUAACCUUCGUCUGGGGAGUGAACGCUUCAAAAGAUGCCUAAUGGACUUCUCCAAGUCUCCUCUAGAAACAGACGCCGAGGCUGGCAAAGACUGUCAAAAAACCAAGGAAGUGUUUUAG